ACAACUCAUACCGAGAAAAAACAUAAACUUAUACACUAAAAAUUAGUUUCGCAUGUUUUCAAAAAGAAACACACAUUUCCUGAAAGGACUGACACACUAUUUAUUAUAAGAAAGAAUUUUAAAUUAAAAGUUUUCUUAAUGCAAUUCCGAUUGGCAUAAUGAAAGUCAUAUUUCUACUUUGCCUUAUCGUGGGCUCGCUGAUCUCCACCCUUGCGUCGGACAGAAAGUAUCCCUAAUUGUAGAUUCGAUAUUUUGCCAUUGGAAUACUGAGGCCUACGCCCGCAAGGAAUCUAGCCAUUUUAAUUUAUGGAGCUUGGAUAGGAAGCUGUGCACGCAUUUUGUAUAUGGCUCAGUAACCAGCUUGGACCCGAAGGGAUCUGGGGCCUUGAAAAUGAUUAACCCACAUUUGGUCGAAAAAAGGGCGAUCUUCAACAGUAUCGUAAACAUAAGACGUGAUGGCUUUCAGACUAUAAUAUCCAUUGGCGGAACUAAGGAUGAUGCGAAAAGGUUCUCCAAGAUGGCAGCGAACAUGGCCAAACGCGAUCAGUUUUAUAAAUCGCUCAUUAAAUUCCUCUUCAAAUGGAACUGUAAUGGCAUCCUCUUAGAUUGGGAGUAUCCUACACCCGAGGAUCGCGACAACUUUGUCAACCUAUUAAAAGAGCUGAAGAUUAUUCUACAGGACCAUCAUGUUCUCCUGUUGGUUGCCGUUUCUGCCAGGAUGGAUGAUGCUACUCUCCGGUCUUAUGACAUUCCUCAAAUAGCGAAGCACGCGGAUUUUAUUAUCCUAAAUACCCAUGACAAUCAAGAUCCCUAUGGCCCCAAGAUUGACUACAUCUCUCCGCUGUACGGGAACGGCAGCCGUAGUGUGGAGCGAGGUGUCCGGCACUGGGUCGAGCAGAGCAAAAUAUCGGAGAAGCUAAUCCUUGGCAUUCCACUUUUUGCGCAGACCUUCACCCUGAAAGACGCAAGCAACACGGUUGUGGGUGCGCCCAGCAAGGGUCCUGGUAGGCAGCACGAUUUAUCAGGACAGGAGGGAUUCAUGACCUAUGCUGAAUUCUGCGCGCAGGCGGCCAAGUGGGAGAAGAAAUAUGACAAGCAGGCGCAGGUGCCAUAUGCUUACAAGAAUGGCCAAUGGAUCACCUACGAGAAUGGGCAAAGUAUCAGCGCUAAGAUGCGCCUGGCUAAGGAACAAAGGCUGGGUGGCGCGAUGAUGUGGUCCAUCGAUGCGGACGAUUUCUAUGGCAUAUGCGGGGAACACUACGGACUGCUCAAGGUUGUCUUAUCAAUCAUAGGGAGCCCUGAUAUUUUCACUACGCAAGCGCCUACAACUGAGGGUGUCGGCCUAUGCCCAAAGCAAGGAUUAUUCCGCCACAAAUGGAAUUGUCAGGCAUAUUAUGAGUGCCGCGAUGGCAGGCGCACUAGCUACGAGUGCUUGAAAGGGGAAUUUUUCAACGAGGAACUCGGUCAGUGCAAGCCCUCUGCAGAGGUGAAAUGCAAUCAGAAUUUUGUCACCUGGCGUCCCGGACAACGCGGCUACAACUUUCACGAUUUGCCCUUGAAUCUGAAGGUACUCGAAUAACUCGCCUUGUAACGAGGCUCACAUGAAAUACAAAUAAAUUCAAUUAAUUGUUUCGGCUGUGUAAUCCCAAA